AUGCCACAGUGUUGUGCAGUGCCUAUGUGUGCAAAUAAAAAAGGAGGGCAUAAGUUCCCUACAGAAGAUAAAAACCGAUUAAAACAGUGGCUUGUAGCCAUUCGCAGAGAUAAAUUUACUCCAACGAAAAAUACCCUCGUUUGCAAAAGCCACUUCACAAAGGAUGAUUACCAGCUACCGAAGGACUCAGUAUUAGAAAAACCCAGGCCUGUGUUGAAAAAAUGUGCAGUGCCAAGUCGAUUCCCAUGGAUUGACCAAAAUUCUAGUUUGCAUCAAAAAAAGAAGGAGCGGCAUCAAAGGCGUUUGGCGCGAAAUGAAAGGAAAAUUAGUGUCCAAGUACACAUAAACAAUGAAAAAAGAGAAGGAUGA